GCUUGUUGUGAGUUUGGAGAGUCCGCUACCUGAACUUGUGAGAAGAGAGAGAGAGAAGGGAAGAGAAAGGAAGGGAGGAGGGAAGAAGGCUGUGCGCUCUUCUCCCGGCAGAGUGCGUCCCGCUCACGCACACUCAACGGGACUCGCUCUGCUUUCAGGCAUUAAGCUAGAUUGUCCUCCCCGCUUCUCCUGCUGGAUAUCGCAGAUGAACAGUUUAACGAACGCAGGCAAACUCUUCCCACCCGACAGCAUUCAGGCUCCAGCGCACAAAUCCACUCUGUUUUAAAUAGUCUGUUUGCUUUGGUCACCUUUUCCCACCCGGUCCUUUUGGAUUACGUUAGACCGAGAUCAAACUGGGCGCGCAACUAUGGAAAUCAUGCAAUUGUGGAUAAAGUUGGUGGUGUUUUACUGUUGCUGUUUGGGAGCAAGUGCAGAUUUCGAUGGCAGGUGGCCGCGGCAGAUGGCAUCAUCCAAUGGCAUGUGUCGAUAUGGGGGCAGGGUGGACUGCUGCUGGGGAUGGACGCGCCGCUCCUGGGGUCACUGCCAGCCUCUCUUCGCCUUAACUCACAGAGUAGUCGGGAUAAGGUGCCAGCCCCAAGCUGUGUGUCAACCUAGCUGUAAGCAUGGGGAGUGUGUGGGACCCAACAAGUGCAAGUGCCAUCCAGGCUUCACCGGCAAGACCUGCAAUCAAGAAGAAACGCUGGACCAUUUAUUACCCCUGGUGUGGGAUGGCCACCUUCCUGUCUUUCUUCCUGUGGACCAUCAGCCAGUGGGAGUAGUGACGGAGGACCUGAAUGAGUGUGGGCUGAAGCCGAGGCCCUGCAAGCACAGGUGCAUGAACACAUACGGGAGCUACAAGUGCUACUGCCUAAAUGGCUACAUGCUGAUGCCUGAUGGGACAUGUGGAAACGCUCGGAGUUGCGCCAUGGCCAACUGCCAGUACGGCUGUGAGGUGCUGAAAGGAGAGGUCCGAUGUCAGUGUCCGUCACCGGGCUUGCAGCUGGCCCCAGAUGGAAGAACAUGUGUGGAUGUGGAUGAAUGUGCAGCAGGGAUAGCAGUGUGUCCCAGGUUCAGGAAAUGUAUUAACACCUUUGGAAGCUACAUCUGCAAAUGCCACGAAGGAUUUGACCUACAAUACGUCAAUGGGAAAUACCAGUGCAUAGACGUGGAUGAGUGCUCUUUAGGCCUGAGCCACUGCAGCAGCUUCGCCACCUGCUACAACACGCCAGGCUCAUACAAGUGCAAAUGCAGAGACGGCUACAGGGGGAUGGGGCACGACUGUAUACCCAUUCCAAAGGUGGUUAUUGACCCCCCGAGACCAGGCAAACUGCCUCCCAAUCAUCACAACCACAUCCCAGACUUGGAUCACAAAAGGAUUGCCACAGUCCGCCCACCAGUAACUCCAAAGAAAACCUUCCCUGUUGUUCCAAAAUCGCCACUCACAACUACAACUGAAGCCCCGCCGGCCCCCAGGACAAUCACCCCACUUCCACGCAAACCAGCAGUUCCCACUCGAAAGCCCUUCAUCUCAAAUCAAAAGCCAUCAAUACCCACACGCAAACCCUACAUCCCUCCAAGGGUUGUGGUUCCCACAGGAAAACCCCCACUCGUAACCUCUCCACCAGACAACACCAUUCAGAGGGAGGUAACCAAACAAAGAGGAGAUGUGCACAUCCCUAGGAAUAAUGGUCACAACACUGUUCUGGACACAGACUUUGAUAUUGAGCUCGGCAAUACAGCAGAUGAAGCCAAGGAUGACCCAGACUCGGGGUAUUUGAGCUGCUCCUUUGAUGACGGUCUUUGCGGUUGGAUCAGCGACAAAGACGGAGACCUGCACUGGGAGACGACGCCUGAUCCCACAGGUGGAUGGUAUCUCACGAUCCCAGAAACAGGAAACAAGAGGACGGGACGAGGGGCCCGGCUAGUACUUCCUCUCACCCCGCCAUGGAAUGAUGGCAAUUUAUGCCUGUCAUUCCGGCACAAGCUGGCAGGCCACCAUGUGGGAAUGCUUCAAGUGUUUGUGAAAAAAGGAAAGCAGUACAGUCCUGCAGUGUGGGGCCGAACGGGGGGCAAUGGCUGGAGGCACACCCAGAUCACAUUAUGGGGUACAGGCCUGGAAAGUGUCAUCUUAAAGGGGGAACGUGGGAGAGGCAGAAGUGGAGAGAUGGCUGUGGAUGAUAUCACCUUGAGGAAAGGUUCCUGCACAGAGGAGCACAAUCUAAGGAGACUCUGACUGAAAGAAUGGUGAAGGGCAGACAAAAAGGACAACGAGAGGAAAAAUCAUCCUAAAGAGAAGAGACUCUGCUGUGACACCUCCUUAUUCUGCUCUGAUCCUUACUUUGUCCUUCUCAUCCCCCAACCCUACUGUGAGUGGUGUCAAAAGUUAAGCAUACAAUUUAGUGUUACAGGAGGUUUUUCCUAUUCAUCUGUUCAUGAACAAGAAGAACUUAGUAGGAUAUUUUUGGCAGCACUCUCCAGUCGUCUCACCCCACAAUUUCAGUUUUCUGAACUGUGCAUGUACUGAUGUAUUAUGGAAAUGUACUGCAUCUCAUAUUGGCUCUGGCAGCCUCCAGCCACACCAGGAAGAUUCAUUCAUUUUUCUAAAUAUAAAUCUGUUCCUUUGCUUUGCAUCUUUGUUUUGUCCAAAUAUUGUAAACACAGUCUAUAUGUUUUAAUUCACUUGCUUGUGACACACACGACCACAAAUGCAGUUCCUGUUUAUGAUAAAGAACAAUAUUAGACUUGGUGCUCUUUUAUUUUUAGAAGAAGUUCAAUUUGCCAAAAUUAGAUUUUAAAGUUGGAUUUUUCUAAAUGGAUGUAGUUCCAGAGUUAACAUUGACGGUCACAGUGCCAAACUUCAAUACAAUAAAGCUGUAAAUUUUCACCAAAAAUUUCAGAAUUUUUUAGAUUAAUUUACAUAUUUACUUGGAUAAAGACUUUGAAAUGUCUU